AUGGACAAUUUGUUUAUCAACGACGAGGGCCAGGUGGUCGAACUGGAGGUCUCAGAGGACACGGCGAGACCAGCACUCGAACAACAACCGGAAGUGGCUGCUUCUGCACAGGGACCGAAGAACUUUAUGGUGAUGUCUGCAACUUCUUCUAGUAGGACGAGCCCUGCCCCAGGACGAGGAGAUGGUGAUGGAGCAGUAGGGGCGGCGCACGACGAGGAUGGUGGGUCCCGGAACUACUGCCCACCCGCCCCGGAAGACUUCUUUGCGGAGUUCACGGACCAGAUGAAUUACACCGCAGUUCGCUUGACCUGGUUUGUGGAGGAUGUGGAAGGGGGAGAAAAUACAAAUUUCUUCUUCGAAGUGCAGCAAGACAUCAUUCUGCAGGACCACGGGAAGAGAAGCCUCCCGCGGUCGCGCCGGUUCCAGGUGCCGCAUAAUGCGGACGUUGAAGAGCAGCAGUAUUCCGUCGCGGGAUUGCAGGUUGGCAAGUUGUACCGGUUUGCCGUGCGGUCUGGCUCUAUUGCAGGAGGAGACCACGACCCAGGUGUUGUAGAGGGCAAUGCUAAUGCAACAUUCCCUGCUCCUCCUUCCCCGCUGCCUGGUUGUUAUUCAUUCUCCGAGUUCAGCCCGACCGUGG